UGAAGAAAUCGCGAUACGCUUCGCUUGGCUUCCCGAUUCAUCGCCGUCGUCUAAGUCAACAGAGUUAUUAAACGGGGAAAAAUCAGAAGGUAGUUUAACAAGCAAGACGAGCAUUUUCAAAAGCCUUAUUAAUGGCGGAGCAAGCUGUUAAGCUCCGGUGCCAGAGAAUCGGCUGCAACGCUACGUUCACCGAAGACGAUAAUCCCGAGGGUUCCUGCUGUUUCCACGAUUCGGGUCCUAUAUUUCAUGAUGGAAUGAAAGAAUGGAGCUGUUGCAAAAAAAGAAGCCAUGAUUUCAGCUUAUUCCUAGAAAUUCCUGGAUGUAAGACAGGUACGCACACAACGGAGAAGCCAGUGUUGAAUAAGCCAUCUGCUACUAAGACGACUCGAACUCCUACUCCUGUUGUUACUGCUUCCACCAGUGCAACAUCAAAAGAAUCUUGCCCUAGGUGCUCUCAGGGUUUCUUUUGCUCUGAUCAUGGUUCACAGCCCAAAGCACAGAACCCCAGCCCGGUUGCACCCGCAAACAGCAGUGCAGAUGUCAAGGAGUCUUCUCCACCCAAGAAGAUAGUUGAUAUAAACCAGCCUCAGACAUGCAAAAAUAAAGGAUGUGGUAAAGUUUUCAAAGAAAUUGAUAACCAUGAGACUGCAUGUAGUUAUCAUCCGGGACCUGCCGUUUUCCAUGAUCGAGUGAGAGGGUGGAAGUGCUGCGACAUAUAUGUAAAGGAAUUUGACGAAUUUAUGACCAUUCCACCAUGCAAGAAGGGAUGGCAUGAUGCGGAUCCAGUGCCUUAGGCCAUUAGCACGAGGAGGAUUAAGUUCCUGUCAUCUUAAAGAGGUUUUAUCUUUUCCUUUUCCAUUUUUUUCUAUUUUGAAGGUGUCUCCGUUGCUUACAGCAACUGUAAUCUAGGAUAUGCAUUGUAUGUGCUGGAAAUGUUCUUUUUGCACUCAUCUUGCAACUAAAACGGUUGAGACUA